UUCCUACCAGUUUUUAUACCCACACCACACUCCCCUCCCCACCUCUCUCCCUCUCUCUCCUUCGCUUCCCUCUCCUCCGCUCGCCGCUUCUCCCGGGGACAGCCCCAGCCCUAGCGGAGCGGAGCCGUAGCCCAGCCCGGCGCGCGUCCGUUGCGCCGCGGUCUGUCCUUGUCACCUGCCAGAUCCAGACCCGGUGCCAGACCGCCGGGAUCCUCCGCGACGGUGGUGCUGUGGGGGAAGUGCCUGAACGCCGCCACUCCCUGAUCGGGGCUACCUACUCGCGUGAUUCGAGGUAGAGCGAGCUCAUGAAUUUGCAUCACAUGGAUGGGUUCUCAGCAUUUUGAGUUUGGGUGAUCAAAUCAGCAUCAUAUAGAUUUCUUUUGCUCGGCCGACAUGGGAGCUAAUUGCUGUAUAGCUGCAAAGCAGAGGCCUCAGCCAUGUAUCAUUCCAGUUGAAGUGUCAGCUUACAGGAAUGUAAGACACUCCCCAUCAUGGAGCUUCCGAUGGGAUAACAGAACACAUAUAGAAGACAUAAUGGAAAUCCCCACAUUUUUGUCCAACCAUAGUAGUGGAAGCAUUCGGCCUGAAACGAAGAGUGGUUCCAUUGCACCAACUGAAGGCUUUUCUAAUGGAGGUAGCCCUUCUGAAUUGUUCCACAAGGUCAAGUGGCAGAAAUCAGAAAAGAAGAUGGAAACAUCUAAAGUUGCACAAUCUGAUCCUAGAGCAGAUAGACCCACUGCAAGUCACUCCUCCCCCGAGGCAAAGCUUUGCAGGAAAUCACUAGACAUGGUAAGUGUUGCUUCAGAUACGAAGGCAUCAACCUCUGUCCCUUCAACACCACCUGUAGUAUCCAGAGCAGAUCCUUCAUCCUCUAGGGGGCAUUCUCUAGGGAUGGAUACAGACUCAAUGAGGAAAGCACGUCGCUCACCAGGAUAUCAACUAUAUAGACAGGUCUCAGACAGCAAGAUUCCAUCUCUCAGGUCUCUCAAUGAGAGCAACUCUCCUGAAGGAAGGCCUUCCUCCUCUAUGCUCUCAGUCUGCAGCAAUGAUUUAUCUGUAGCAGGAUCACAUGGAGAGUCAUCUGAUGGUUGGUCAAUGCGAACAUUUUCUGAAAUGGUUGCAUCAUCCCAAAGAGAGAGAUGGUCAAUUGAUAGUGAGCUCUUAGGUUCCGUUUCAAGUAAAAUGACUCGAUCAAAUGCUUCAAAUCGUACUACCGUCUCCCCUGACCAAGAGGUGUGCAAACUAUGUUUAAAGCUACUAAAGGAAAGGUCAGCGUGGAAUGCCCAGGAUCUGGGUGUUGUCGCUGUUUUAUUGUGCGGCCAUGUUUACCAUGCUGACUGCCUGGAUAGCUUAACUGCAGAAGCUGAGAAAUAUGAUCCUCCUUGUCCCGUAUGCACCCACGGUGAACAAUGUACUGUGAAGCUAUUCGGUAAGCUGGAAUCAAAGAUAAAGAACAAGAUAUCUACAAAUGUGAUACUCGAUGGUGAUCUAGAUGGGAGCUCUAAGCAUCAAAAGAAAAGUAGGAGAGUUCCCAGAUUAGGCACAAGUAUUAGCAUGAAGGACUCGUUCAGUCGGCCAUUUUUGAGGAGGCAUUUCUCAAUUGGCUCCCGGCCACCCCGGUUAGUUUCAGAGAGCGAGUCAACAAGGAAGAAGGGCUUCUGGGCGAGGCACUGGAGAGAAUAGCAUAGUACUCGGUCAUCAAACAGGAGGGUUCUUGAAGAGGAAGUGAACUCCCAAGCAAAUCAUGUGGGUUUUGUAGUCAAUGAUGUGAAAGAUAUUUGCUGUCGGGCAACCAUCGUACUAGAAGUUCCUCCCACUCCUCAUGUUCAGAGUUGGGAACUCGGAGUGCUGUCAUCGGUUUCCAGGAUAGAAGAAUAAUAACAGUUUCUAUACUAUGCAACUGAGGGUUCUUGCAGACCCCGUCGCAGCUUAUUAGCAAGUAACCUAACAGAGAAGGGGAUGGCCUUCAGGCUGAAGGUAGGAUCCAGCAUGGUAGAUUGUUAUGUUUGCAGUUUUUCUUCGUCGUAUUAUUGGUUAUGCGCACCGGUGAUUUGUUUGAUCUGAUACAUAAUUUGGGAACUAUCGUACAUAGCUGAUGCUAUUUGUUUGAUUAAAAUGCAUCACCGAAGGCGUCGAUGGUUUUAUGGGGAUUAUGUUUAGAAGAAAUAUGAUGUCUUUCUCUUUGUCCA